AUGGGAAACGACGAAACGUCUCCGGACAUAGUCGUGGAGAAGCCGGCCAUUGGUCACGUGGAACAGUCCGUCCUGGAGGAAAUCGGUCAUGCCAAAGUCGACGGCUACGUCAGCUAUGGCUUGGCCAAGUCCCGGUUCGACAACCUGACAAUCCCUCAAACAAUCUGGACGUUCAAGCGUGUUGUCCUGAUCAUCAUUUCGGUUUACACCGGUUACAUUUGUGAAGGAUUUGAACUAAAUUCUUCAGGCAGUGUGAUUGCAAAUGCUGGCUUCAUCAAGCAGUUUGGCUCGGGUGAUACGGCCGGCGUGAGGUCACUGAGCGCGACUUGGGUGUCAACUUGGUCAGCUCUUCUCAACGUCGGCCAAAUCCUUACAUUUACGCAUAUCUCCUGGUUCGCCGACAAGUUUGGACGCAAAGCUUCAUUCUAUCUUGCUUGGACCUGGCUUGCUAUUGGAUGCAUGUUCCUCAACGUCGCCAAGUCCCCAUCAGUUUGGGCACUAGGAAAGCUGUGCAACGGUGCAGGCAUUGGUGUGCUCCAGGUAACAUGCCAAAUCUAUGCCAUGGAAGUCAGCCCCAAUAAAAUUCGUGGUGGAUUGGUCACGUUUCAGGCAGUAUGGAGUGACAUUGGUGGCAUUAUCAUAGCCGUGAUGAUGCAGCAACUCAACUCCAAGUACCCCGACAAUUAUCUGCUCGCUAUGCGGAUACUCUGGGCCCCGGUUGGAUUGAUGCUUAUAUGUUGGAUUCUUGCCCCCGAGUCGCCAUGGUUCCAUGCCCGUCACGGAAACAAAAACAAAGCUUUGAAAUGCAUGAAGCAGCUCUACGGCGGUGUCAAAGGCUAUGACUUCGAGGAGGAAUAUUCGAUUAUCGAAAAGACAAUCGAGCACGAGAAGGAUCUUCUGACGAGCAAAAUAAACACUCUUGAGAUUUUCAAGGGUGUUAAUCUAAAACGCACCCUCACGGUCAUGGUCCUUUCCGCCGCCCAGCAGCUUGCCGGUCUUGUUAUUAUCAGCACUUAUUCCACUUACUUUUUCUCUCUGGCUGGCCUGACCGACCCGUUUCUCGCGACCGUCAUCCUCGCUUGCGUCAACCUUUUGUCCAUGAUAUGCUGGAGUUUAAGCACCGAUAAGCUUGGACGACGCUUGAUUAUUUGUUAUUGUCAAACUUUUACGACAGUGAUUCUUUUCGUCGUCGGUGCUUUGUGGUAUACCGGUGCGCAAAGCGGAAGCGUUACUGGUGGCACUGUCCUGCCUAUCAGCAUGUCUUAUUACCUCUACUCAGCGGAGUUGCCCUCUGCCUAUCUGCGAACGAAAACUGGACCUGUCACUUUCUUCGUUAAUUCAAUUUUAGGCAUUGCUGCGUGUUAUGCUACACCGCCUAUGCUUCUUGCAAUGGGAGUGAAGUCCGGGUUUGUGUUUGGCGCUUUCUCGGUGCCCAUAUGUAUUAUUAUGUGGCUGACGGUACCUGAGACCAAAGGUCGGUCGGCUGCGGAAAUCGACGAGCUGUACGAGCGCAAGAUCCCUGUGUGGAGAUGGACCAAGACUGUCACGGCAGUGGAGGAAGAGAUGCAAACCAUUACUCAGAUCAAAGGUAAUGUUGGAUCGCAGCCUUGA